CUCUCUUCCUCAGACACACGCUCCACGCUGGGCUCUACGGCGGUUCUUCUUCUCGUCUUCUCCUCGCUCUGUUGUCGCGACCCCUCCUCUCCUCUCUCCUCUCUCCUCUCUCUCUCUUUUUCACUCUUCCUGGACCCGAGCGGACACACAAAAAAAAUCCAAAAAAACAACAGGAAAAAGGAAAUGGGCAGAGCUACAAGAGUGGAAGAGAGGAGUUGCGGUUUCAAAGUGGUCAGUUGAGGUUUGGUAGUUCUUGGAUGCUGUUCCCAGAGUUUUGAGGAAUUUCUUUUGAGCCUCGGGAAAGCUGUUUGGAAUUACGGACUCCCUGAGAAUCAUCAAGAGAAUUUAAAAAUCAUCAAGAAUCGAUAAAAGAAUCAAAUAAAAUCGGGAAUUUUUAACCAACAAACACCUUUUCAGCGCUUGACUUGAAACUUCAGGAACGUUUGGGAUCCUCGCGUUGGUUUUGAGGGGGGGAGAUCUCUGCGUAAAUUGGGUAAACUGUACCCGGGGAAAGCGCGGAACACCUGCUGAUCCCGCCGGGAGCUGACAGGCGCUGGAAGGAGCUGACAGGAGCGACCCAGCGCGACUGUACGGACUAGACAUCGAAAUCACCGGGACAUUUCACCCUUUAAUGAGCAACCAAUCACCCACUGCUCGCUGCUGUCACGGUCUACCGAAUUAACUGGAGUAACGCGCGGAGACAUUAACACAUCCCGAAUUCUAUUUGGAAGUGAUGAUGAUGGCGCGACUGGAGCUGUGGACCUUGUUGGCUCUCUGGAUCACGUUGGGAGAUUUCGGAGCGGCUUUGGGGAAAGACGAGGCCAUAGUGAAGAAGGAGUCCCACCCGAUCCUGUUCCGGCAAAAGAGAGAGUGGCAGUGGAACUCUCUGUACGUGGAGGAGGAGAAGCCAGCCCCCAUCCCGUAUAAGAUCGGACAACUGAAAUCCACCGUGAAGCUAGAAGUGAAAAAGUUCAAGAUAGAAGGAGAAGGCGCGAACACGAUCUUCACGGUGGACAACAACGGAGACCUGUUUGUGACCAGGUCUUUGGACAGGGAGGAGAAGAGCGUGUACCGGCUCAGUGCCACCAUGUACGACGGGAAUAACAAGCUGGUGGAAGGUUCUGGGAGCUUCGAUGUGGUCGUGAAUGACAUCAACGACAACAUCCCGGUCUUCCCCAAAGGUCUCAACGUGUCCGUGGCGGAGAGGGCGACCAUCGGGACUGAAAUACUCCAGGUAAAGGCCACCGAUGCUGAUGAUCCCUCCACUGCAAACGGAGACCUGCGCUACUCCCUGGUCCGUGGUGGGGAUGGAAAAUUCCAGAUUCACCAUGAAACAGGCAUGCUGAGCUGCCGCAGAGGGGACCUGGACCGGGAGAAUGUGGCACAGUACGUUCUGGUGGUCCAGGCUCAGGACAUGAGGGGCCUUGCUUCUGGAAGCACGGCCACCACCUCCGUCACCGUCAGCAUCACAGACAUCAACGACAACAUCGCCUCCUUCACCACAAACAAUUUUGAAGUGAGUGUCCCUGAAAACCACAGGCUGAAUCAGAAGAUCACCACUUUACAGCUGCACGACAGAGACGAGCGGAGGCACAAAAACCCCCUGUUCUUCAUCACUGGAGGCUAUUCCCAAAUGUUUGAGGUGAAACCCGACCAAGAGAGGGACGGCAGUCUCAUGCUCAAACAGUCAUUGGACUACGAGACCAGUUCUGAGCACAAAUUCACCGUGGAGGUACGCGAGCAGCUGGCAGUGCGCACUCCCGAAAACAGCCAAACCGCCAUCACCACGGCAACGGUUACCAUAAGGGUCACAGAUGUGGACGAGCCCCCUGUUUUCUCUCCGCCCACUUACAACUUCACUGUUCUGGAGGAAACCAUCGUGCAGAACAUCGGCACCAUCUCAGCCACCGACCCAGAUAAGGCUCGCAACAUGAUACGAUACUCCAUCUUGGACCCGGACAGCCCGUUCUCCAUCAACCCCAGGACGGGGGUGCUGUCCACUGUCCGGCCCCUGGACCGAGAGCUGGAGGCCACACACAUGUUUCAAGUGAAAGCGCGGGAGGAGGGGAGCGGUUUGGAGUCAUUUGUCAAAGUGGACAUCAACGUUCAGGACAUCAACGACAACAAGCCGGAGCUGAUCGCCGAGGAGAUUUAUCUGUGUGAAAAUGACAAAGCCAAUACGGUGCUGGGGACCCUGAGAGCCACAGAUAAAGACGAACAUCCUGCCAGGUUCAGCUUCACCCUGGCCAGUCCCAGCUCCAACUUCACCGUCCGGGACCACGGAAAUAACUCGGCGGACAUCUUGUUAAAGCAGGGCCCCUUCAGUUUGGACGACUCCAGGGACUACAUCGUGGCGGUGAGAGUGGGAGACGGAGGCAGACCACAGCAGCUCACCAGUGUCACACAAGUGCACAUCAAGGCGUGUCACUGUGACCACAGCAGAAAACAGAGUCACUGUAAGGCUGCCGCUCGCAGGAUGGGCGUGAGUGUGCAGGCGCUCAUCGCCAUCCUCCUCUGCAUCCUCACCAUCCUGGUGAUCGUGAUCCUGUUCGUGAUGAGGAAGCGUUACCAGAAGGAUCACCUGUCCAGUCUGAAACACAGCGGAGAAAUCCACGAGCAGCUGGUCACCUACGACGAGGAGGGAGGUGGAGAGAUGGACACGAAUGGCUAUGACGUCUCCAUCCUCACCUCCGCCUGCCAUGACGGCUCUCUGCUGCGUCACCCGGACAACCACCCCCACCCCUCCCUCUACGCCAUGGUCCAGAAGCCCCACCCCCACCAGCCCAACGCCUGCAAGGGAGACAUGGCGGCCAUGAUCGAGGACAAGAAGUUCGAAGCCGACCACGACCGCGACGGCUUCCCUUACGACACCUUACACAUCUACGGCUACGAGGGCCCCGAGUCGCUAGCCGGCAGCCUCAGCUCGCUCGAUAGCUCCUCCAGUGGCUCGAACUUGGAUUACGAUUUCCUCAACGACUGGGGCCCUCGCUUCAGAACCCUGGCCGAGCUGUACGGAGUAAACAACCACGAGUAUUACCACCAGUAUUGAGAUCCAAAAAAAACAAAACGCAUCGCAAAACGGUGGUAAAAAUGAGCCAUAAAAUUUCAACUGCCGUAAAAAAAAAGAAAAAAAAAAAGAAAAAAAAACAAAACAACAACAAACAUAGCCAAUAUCUUCUUCGCGACUGGCUGUUGAUCAUUGAGUUCUUAGCUUGUCGUGUCUUGUCCAGGCCCCCAGUCUGUUCUCUCCCAAUUACAGCCCCGUCCGAAGACAGCGGGUUCCUGACGAAUCAAAGGGGCCCUGAUUUGGUUUUGAUGGCUCCGUCCGUCCUCUCACAGAUGUUGACGAGAAACAUCAAGAGGCAAUUCAAGCGGAGCAAGCGAAAAGCGACUGCAGACGAGCGAGGAGAUAAAAGCUAAGACGGCUACUCUGAUGUGUCUUUUUUAUACAUAUAUAUAUAUAUAUAUAUCUAUUCCACAAGUGAAGAGUGAAGAUAUAAGCCUAUUAUUUUAA